GGGAGGCGCGCGGUGAGAGCCGGAGGGGGACCGCCGCGGAGCCCGGGCUGGGAGGAGCGCGAGGCGUGAUCGAGGGGUAUGAUUGGCAUGGAAUUGAAUUUCAUCUGUCUGUGGGAGUUGUAAACAAGGUUGCCAUCACGAAAGCCAAAGUGGAUUUCUCCAGUGUAGUGUGCCUGCCCCCUUCCGUCAUUGCUGUGAAUGGGCUGGACGGAGGAGGGGCUGGCGAAAAUGAUGAUGAACCAGUGCUGGUGUCCCUGUCUGCGGCCCCCAGCCCCCAGAGCGAAGCUGUUGCCAAUGAACUGCAGGAGCUCUCCUUGCAGCCCGAGCUGACCCUAGGCCUCCACCCUGGCAGGAAUCCCAAUUUGCCUCCACUUAGUGAGCGGAAGAAUGUGCUGCAGUUGAAGCUCCAGCAGCGCCGGACUCGAGAAGAGCUGGUGAGCCAGGGGAUCAUGCCGCCUUUGAAAAGUCCAGCUGCAUUUCAUGAACAGAGAAGGAGCUUGGAGCGGGCCAGGACAGAGGACUAUCUGAAACGGAAGAUUCGUUCCCGGCCGGAGAGAUCGGAGCUGGUCAGGAUGCAUAUUUUGGAAGAGACCUCGGCCGAGCCUUCCCUCCAGGCCAAGCAGCUGAAGCUGAAGAGAGCCAGACUGGCUGAUGACCUCAACGAGAAGAUUGCACAGAGGCCGGGCCCCAUGGAGCUGGUUGAGAAGAACAUUCUGCCUGUGGAGUCCAGCUUGAAAGAAGCCAUCAUUGUGGGCCAGGUGAAUUACCCGAAAGUAGCGGACAGCUCUUCUUUUGAUGAGGACAGCAGUGACGCCUUAUCCCCUGAGCAGCCUGCCAGCCAUGAAUCCCAGGGCUCGGUGCCGUCACCCUUGGAAGCCCGAGUCAGCGAGUCACUGCCUAGUGCCACCUCUGUAUCCCCCACUCAGGUUGUGUCUCAACUCCCAUUGGGCCCGGAUUCCGGAGAAACACUUUUCCUGGCCGAGCAGCCUCCUCUGCCUCCCAGCCUCACCAACGGAACCACAGCCCCAGUGGCCAAGCCCACUCCGACGCUCAUUAAGCAAAGCCAACCCAAGUCUGCCAGUGAGAAGUCACAGCGCAGCAAGAAAGCCAAGGAGCUGAAGCCAAAGGUGAAGAAGCUCAAGUAUCACCAGUACAUCCCCCCGGACCAAAAGCAGGACAAGGGGGCGCCUCCCAUGGACUCCUCCUACGCCAAGAUCCUGCAGCAGCAGCAGCUCUUCCUCCAGCUCCAGAUCCUCAACCAGCAGCAGCAGCAGCACUAUAACUACCAGACCAUCCUGCCUGCCCCGCCGAAGCCCGCAGGUGAGGCCCCGGGAAGCGGUGGGGCCCCCCCGACACGCAGCCUCUCCACGACCAGCAGUGGCUCCAGCUCGGGCGCUCCCGGGCCCAGUGGGCUGGCGCGUCAGAACAGUACCCCGCUGACUGGCAAGCCGGGAGCCCUGCCUGCCAACCUGGAUGACAUGAAGGUGGCAGAGCUGAAGCAGGAGCUAAAGCUGCGGUCACUGCCCGUCUCAGGCACCAAGACAGACCUGAUCGAGCGUCUGCGUGCAUACCAAGAACAAGUCAGCCCUGCCCCAGGAGCCCCCAAGGGCCCUACUGCCCCCUCCAUCCUGCCCAAGGCUGGGGAGGUAGUGGUCGCCUUCCCGGCUGCCCGACUAAGCACGGGGCCUGCCCUGGUGGCAGCAGGCCUGGCCCCAGCUGAGGUGGUGGUGGCCACGGUGACCAGUAAUGGAGUGGUGAAAUUUGGCAGCACGGGCUCCACACCCCCCGUGUCUCCCACCCCCUCAGAGCGUUCACUGCUCAGCACAGGCGAUGAGAACUCCACACCCGGUGACACCUUUGGCGAGAUGGUGACAUCGCCACUGACCCAGCUCACCCUGCAGGCCUCGCCAUUACAGAUCCUUGUGAAGGAGGAGGGCCCCCGGGCCGGGUCCUGCUGCCUGAGCCCUGGGGUACGGGCCGAGCUUGAGGGGCGUGACAAGGACCAGAUGCUGCAGGAAAAGGACAAGCAAAUCGAAGAGCUGACCCGCAUGCUGCGCCAGAAACAGCAGCUCGUGGAGUGGCUGAGGUUGCAGCUGGAGCAAGAGAAGCGGGCCCAGCAGCCGGCCCCGGCCCCCCUCGGCACCCCAGUCAAGCAGGAAAACAGCUUCUCCAGCUGCCAGCUGAGCCGGCAGCCCCCGGGUCCUGCUCACCCCUUCAGCCCUAGCCUGGCGGCCCCCACUGCCCACCAUGCAGACACUCGUCCCCUGGUGCCCCCGGCCGUGGUAGUGAAGCAGGAAGCUGCGCUGCUGGAGCCUGAGCCAGCCCCCACUCCCCAGCUGCUUCUGGGCCCCCAGGGCCCCAGCCUCAUCAAGGGGGUCACGCCUCCCACCCUCAUCACUGACUCCACAGGGACCCACCUUGUCCUCACCGUGACCAAUAAGAAUGCAGACAGCCCCAGCCUGGCCAGCAGGAGCCCCGAGCAGCCCUUGUCCCAGCCUGGUUCUCCAGCCCCUGGCCCACCAGCCCAGAUGGACCUAGAGCACCCAUCACAGCCCCUCUUUGGGACCCCUACUUCUCUGCUCAAGAAGGAGCCGCCUGGCUAUGAGGAAGCCGUGAGCCAGCAGCCCAGACAGCAGGUGAAGAAGGAGAAUGGUUCCUCCAGCCAGCAGAUGGAUGACCUGUUUGACAUUCUUAUUCAGAGUGGAGAAAUUUCAGCAGAUUUCAAGGAGCCACCACCUUCCUUACCAGAGAAAGAGAAGCCCCCCUCGAUGGCAACUUGCGGGUCACCCCUGGCCACGCCGUCCCCGCCCUCUGCUGAGCUCCCCCAGGUGCCGCCGCCUCCCUCGGGCUCUCCUGUCCUCCCUGGGCGCCUAGAGGACUUCCUGGAGAGCAGCACGGGACUGCCCCUGCUGACGGGCGGGCAUGAGGGGCCAGAACCCCUCUCCCUCAUCGACGACCUCCACAGCCAGAUGCUGAGCAGCUCUGCCAUCCUGGACCACCCCCCCUCACCCAUGGACACCUCGGAAUUGCACUUUGCCCCUGAGCCCAGCGGUGUAGGCCUGGACCUGGCUGAUGGCCACCUGGACAGCAUGGACUGGCUGGAGCUGUCAUCGGGCGGCCCCGUGCUCAGCCUGGCCCCGCUCAGCACCACUGCGCCCAGCCUCUUCUCCACGGACUUCCUCGACGGUCACGACUUGCAACUCCACUGGGAUUCCUGCUUGUAGCUCUCAGGCUGCAGGGAUGGGACAGGAGGGGCUGGAAGCCGGGGAGCCUUGGUAACUCCUGGGAGCUCCGCGCGCUCGGCCUGAUCCCAUCUCCAUGUGGUCAUGAGUCCUGACAAUCACAGGCCCUGCUUUCCCCUCCCUGGGAGGCUGGAGCAGGCCAUGCUGCCACCUGGCUCAGGCUCACCAAGGAGAGAAGCCGCCCAGGAGCAGCUUUGGUCUCAGCCUAGAGUUCAGGAGGCCUGGACAGGCCAGGGCCAUUCUAUUGACCUCCUUUUGUGAGGUCGGAGGUGCAGUCUGGCUGCAGUUUGCUCAGGCAGGGGAGGCCCAGGGCGGAUCUCCUUCCUUCUCUCCCCCUUGCCGUGCCGCGCCCCCCCCUCCCCCCCCCGCGAGGGAAGAAACUAACUGGGCCUCUACCUCCCUGUUCCCCGUGAUGCCAACCCCAGGGUCCCAGGCUUCCUGGGAGAGGAGCCCCUUGCCAUUUUAGUGUCUUGGUGUUGUGUAACCCUUUAGUGGCUGGUGGCAAACGGUUUCUGUACAGGUGUAUAUAUCUCUAUCUCUAUAUCGCCAUACAUAUGUAUACAUCUAUUUUGGGGGGCUGGGAGGUGGAUUUGCGCUCCCUCCCAUUCUGUGCACAAUGUAGAAGGGCCUGGAGACCACCGCUCCUGGGGGUGGGUGCAGCUCACCUCGGCCCCAUCACGCGUGUUUGACAUGUAGACACCCUGCCACAGCCUUGCCCUGCUCCGACUAGUGCCACGAGGGCAGAGGUGCUUCCCGGCCACCCCCCCCCCCAUUCCGUCCCGCUGCCUCACUGCAGCCGCGGUGGCCCUGGGACAGGAGGGGUGUCAGCCCUCAAGCUGUGGCCACCUCUUGCCCUGGGGCCCAGCCUCCCUUCUGGCCUGUCACUGUUGUUAACGGGAUUAGGGAUGGAGUCACCAAACCAGUGCUGGGACAGAGGUCGGGAAGCUGUGUGGACUUUUUAAAAUAAAAACAAAA